GUCUCCGAGCCUCCUCCUCCGUCCCGCCGCCGCCGCCACCGUCCAGCGUUAGCUGUCUGUGUCGUGGCCACCGCCUCCAGGCAGCCCGCAGCAAGCCGGCUUCGUGGCCCCGACGACGACGAGCGCAGCGCCCUCUCACCGCGAUGCUGUGCUUCCUCAGGGGAAUGGCCUUCGUCCCCUUCCUCUUGGUGACAUGGUCGUCUGCAGCCUUCAUCAUCUCCUACGUGGUCGCCGUGCUCUCGGGGCACGUCAACCCCUUCCUCCCCUACAUCAGUGACACGGGAACCACGCCUCCAGAGAGUGGUAUUUUUGGAUUCAUGAUAAACUUCUCCGCAUUUCUUGGUGCAGCUACGAUGUACACGAGAUAUAAAAUAGUGGAGAAGCAAAAUGAGACCUGCUAUUUCGGCACACCCGUCUUUAACUUGGUGUCGCUAGUUCUUGGACUGGUGGGAUGUAUUGGAAUGGGCAUUGUAGCCAAUUUUCAGGAGUUAGCUGUGCCCGUGGUCCACGACGGUGGCGCCCUUCUGGCUUUCGUCUGCGGCGUGGCUUACACACUCCUGCAAUCGAUCAUCUCCUACAAAUCCUGUCCCCAGUGGAACAGCCUCACCACGUGCCAUGUCCGGAUGGCCAUCUCGGCCGUCUCCUGCGCGGCUGUCGUCCCCAUGAUUGCCUGUGCUUCGCUAAUUUCCAUAACCAAGCUGGAAUGGAAUCCGAAAGAAAAGGAUUACGUGUAUCACGUAGUGAGCGCUAUCUGCGAGUGGACCGUGGCCUUUGGCUUUGUUUUCUAUUUCCUAACAUUCAUCCAAGAUUUCCAGAGUGUUACCCUAAGGAUAUCCACAGAAAUCAGUGAUGACUUUUGAAGGAGCGAGAAUCCUGUCUCACUCAGUGAAUAUUCGUCACAGACAGUUUCUGGAAGUGGCACAGAGGAUAGACGGACUUGGAUGUCACCCUGAUCGGGACUCAUCUGUGGCACAUCCGGGACUUGAAUUUCAUUAAGAAUUUCUAGUAGUUGUUCUAUUUACAAAGGUAUGUUUUCCUAGAGAAUGUUUAGCAUCGAUGACACAUUAGCAAUAUUUUUAUAUUUUCUAAGACACUCUUUAUAUGAACAAAUUCAUAGGCAGAGAAGAUGAGGCAUUACAGAAAAUGGGGGAUUAUUUUUGUAUAGAUUCUUUAGACUUUUUAUGUAUCAAUGAUUUAUGAAAAUACACUAAGUGAAAAAAUGUUUAGUACAUUUUUUUAGAAAAAGAAACCAAAUCAGGGGGACAUUCACUUCAAAAUUGCAUUUUUUAAAAAACACAAUGAUCUGCAUACAUUUUCAUCACAAGAGCAUUUACAUAAUCUCAUUCAUAGUGAGUAUAUGUCCUCAUGGUAGAGGUUUAGUUAAUAAAUUAAUACUAAAGCAUUCUGAUUUUCAGUGCAUUAAACACAAUGCUUCUACAGUUAAGGCCUCAAAACCAUUUACUAUGCACAUUAGCCAGCGGAUGUGGAAGACCUCCGUUUGAAAAUUCAGCCUCCUCCUUUGCUUCUGCCACGGAGCUGCAAUUAAAGGUUCCGGGCUGCAGUUAACUGGGGCCCGAGGAACUAAUUCCUGGUAGGAUGGGCUCAGCCCUUCCCUGGGACUUAAGAAGUGAGACUUCUUAGUUUCCUUGUAAGCCAGUCAAAGAGAACACAGAGCCGAGACAGGGGAAAGGAGAUGGCCGCAGAAGCCCAGGUGCAGGCCACUGUAAAUGUUCCUUUCAACGCCUGUGGCCACUGUUGUGGGACAUUCCAGGAAGCUGAGUCAGGCCCUUUCCUGAGCAAGGCCUGCAGACUCCACCCCUUCAUCCGGUUCACAGCGGCUGCGGAGGAAGCGGUGGCCUCGAGGUGCUGACCAGAUCCUCAGUUCCAUGUCUAAGUGUGGGCAAGCGGUUCUGCCUGGAGGGCACACGUGCCAGGCCCAGAGCAGCCCACUUGGACAGCCUCGGUGAGGGGGCACCUGGGGCUCGAGGACCACGCAGUGGUGACUCCCGGGUGGGUGAGGUUCACCGGCCACUUCUGCCAUGACGUCCCAUCCCGUGUCUCCUUAAGUGUGGAGGGGUAGAAAGUGACACCCACGUCUGAGUCCACUGUGAUGAUGCGAUGCCAUGUUUCCCUGUUGUAUUCCCCGGACAAAAAGACAGUGACCUUUAGUCAUUCUGAGGAGCAAGAGGAGUGGACACCUUCCCUGUGCGAAGCUGUGGUUGACCGAAUCCAUGCUGCUCCGUGCUUUGAGCAGGAAUAUUGUUGGAACUUCCCAGAGUGCAGGCGGCUCCUCUGCAUUCCCACUGAAGCCCGGGCAUUCACUCCUUCAGGGCAGAACCUGUGCCUUCACCUAGAGUUCAACACAGUGCCUUCCGGGCACACAGUAGGUGCUUAAUAAAUUCUCAUGGCAUGUAUGCAUAUGUAAGUGAGUGAACAAAUCAAGCAAUGACCAGGGACAUUUGAGGUGCUGUCUAGGGGGUUUAUUCACUCUAGUUUACUGUUUAUUUUGAUGCCCACAGCUAGUCUGUGCUACUUAGUAGUGCUACCCAUUUGCAUUGUAUACUAUACACGUUUUAGCUGUUUGGGCUUUAUGAUUCUGUGACAACUCUUCUGGAAAGAUACCACAGAAAUUGUUACAUGGGCUAGACCUGUCUUGACAAACUGAGAAGUCCCCAAACCACCCCAUUCUGCUGACUCCAUGCAGCUUCCAACGUUAUCCCCAUUCUGGUAUUAUUUUUAAUUUCUACAAAUGUAUAUUUCCUUGGACUUCAUGCCUGAAAA